AUGCGGAAGGGCGCGCUGAUCUUCAUCAUCGCGAAUUUUAUCGUCAUCGCGUUCCUGGUCAACAGCGUCUCUACCCUUCUCAGUCUCCUGUUCGAGGAUGCCGCGACUGACGCCAUAAGCCGCACCGAGCUCCCCGCACCGAACUCGACCUUCAUCGACCAGAAGAAGCCCAUCAUCCCAAAGAUCAUCCACCAGACCUACAAGAAUGAGUCCAUACCCGCUAUCUGGCAGGAGGCCCAACAGAGCUGCUUGGAGCUUCACCCGGACUAUGAGUACAAGCUCUGGACAGACGAGAAGGCCGAUGCGUUCAUCGAGAGCCAGUACCCGUGGUUCCUCGAGACUUUUAGGAACUAUCGCUACCCCAUUCAGCGUGCCGACGCUAUUAGAUACUUCGUCUUGACGUACUAUGGCGGAAUCUACAUCGAUCUCGACGACGGUUGCAAUCGCCGCUUGGAUCCGCUCCUUGUCUAUCCCGCCUGGGUUCGCAAGACCAGUCCCACUGGAAUCUCCAACGAUAUCAUGGGAUCCGUGCCUCAGCAUCCCUUCUUCCGGCGCGUCAUCGAUUCUCUACAGACGUACAACCGGCACUGGGUGUUGCCUUAUAUCACCGUCAUGUACUCGACUGGCCCCCUUUUCCUAUCUGUCAUUUGGAAGGAGUACAUGGCAGGCAGACCGUCCGCGUACGAGCGUGUUCGCGUGAUGAUGGCGGACGAGUACAAUCGACAUUCGUGGAGUUUCUUCACCCACCAUCCUGGUAGCAGUUGGCAUGGAAAGGAUGCUAGAUUGAUUUUUUGGAUGGGCGGCCAUUGGGUCCUCCUCACGGUCCUCGGAUUCAUUCUGGCCGGCAUCGUCGGCGCGUUCUUAUGGUGGGGAUACCGUCGCCUCAUCGUCCUCGGCUCGAAGUACUUCCAUCGAUAUUCCCCGAUCCAGACACGACCAUCCGGCGCGAUCCUGAACCCUUCGCGAUCGUUUUCGCCGUCCCGCAAGCUCGGCAUACUCCCCGCCUUUCUACAACGGAGAAGCAGCUCGAGGAAACGAGACGAAGAGAACGCGCUAUCAGAUACCGUUUACGAACUCCUCGAUCGACCUGAAUGA